AUGCUUGAUAAACCAUCCAAAGAACCAAAGUUCCCCGAUCUCUCUCAAAUCGGCCUUGCGUUUGCUCAGGCAAUUACCUACAUCAACUACCAGCCAUCCCCGGAUCUAGACGAAAAUGCCCGCCAGUGGCUUAUCGAGGCGGGGACGGAAAUAAUGGAACAGUUAAAGACUUCUCUAAACUAUCUCCAAGAAAACAAAGAUGAUCGCAUCAAGCUUCCCGCAUGGGCAUUGGACCCCGAAAAAGAAAUGGACCUCUUCUCUCUUGAGGUCCCAUACACCCUAACUGCAUACAAGGGUCAGUUCGAGACAUGUUUGGUAAAUCUAUUAGAGGCCUGCGGUUUUGAUGUCACACCAAUGUGCGGUGUCCUCUGCUCCAAAAUAUGGGUGAAAAUUAGGUUUCGUGAAGCCGGGUUAAGGAGACCUACAGAAGCUCAUAAACCCGGAGAGCUCUGUUCUGACAUGGUUUUCAUGAAGGAGUUCUACGAUACCAUGAGCGAAUUGAGGAUAACGCAAUGA